GAUGGGCAUUUGGGAAGCUGGAAAACAGGAUUUGCUGGGCCAGCUGACUGGGGACGAUACGAGGAUGGCUUUUGGAGGCUGCUUUUAGGUGAUUUUCAUCUUUGGAGACCUUGCAUUACACAGAACUCUAUAUUGGGGUCUCCCAUCAGAAAACGUCUUCAGAAAAAGCCUUGGGACUUCACCUUCAGAAAGGCAGAUUUCCACUUCAGAGAUCUCAUCAUCCUCCUUCCUGUGAAAAUAAAAUGAAUCAGAAGGUGUUAGUUUUCCUUCUCCCAAAUUUUAUUUUUGCGAUAUUUCUUUUUGGGUUUUUUUGUAAAAGACAAAAAAACCUAACAGGUGCUUUUCCUAAUCCCACUGAAGAUUGGCUGGCGAUUCAAAAUGAUCGCAAAAGCACUCUGGCUUCCGUCUGCUUGAAGAACAACUUUCUAAAAUCAAGAAGCAAACCGGAUUCUCACAUAGCAAACCAGCUCUUUGUGGAGCACAAACAUAAAUUUAUCUACUGUGAGGUGCCCAAGGUAGGAUGCUCCAACUGGAAGAGAACUAUUUUUCUUCUCCAAGCAGAUUUGAAUGCAGAAGCUUCUGAAAUUGAGCAUGACCACAUCCACCAAACCUCGCUGAUCAAAAAGCUGGCGACUUACCCUCCUGCCACACAGAAGGUAUUGCUGAGCAAUUACACCAAAGUGAUGUUCACCAGACAUCCCUUGGAACGGUUGGUUUCAGCAUACAGAGACAAACUUCUGCACUCGGAGCCGUUCUACAGUAUCACUGUCGCUAAUGAGAUUAGGGCAAUGUUCAGGAAAAACAAAAACUCUUCCGAAAAAGUGAGUUUCCAGGAGUUUGUCAACUUCAUUAUAGCAAAACCACCAAACGCUCUUGACAUUCACUGGAAACCAAUGUUUCUGCUCUGUGAUCCUUGCAACAUUCACUAUGAUAUUUUGGGUAAGUAUGAAACUCUUGCGUUAGACUCCGAGCACGUUCUGAAGGUCAUUGGAGCACCAGAGAGCCUGCACUACCCCAGCUUGAAGAGGUAUGGCUCAGAGAAACGAACUAAUGGUGAUAUCACCUUGGAGUAUCUCAGACAAUUGAACUCAGAACAAAUUGAGAAGGUAAAAAAAUUGUAUCAAAUGGAUUUUUUCUUGUUCAACUAUACUAUGAAAUAUAAGGAUUAUUUUUCCCUGCAUAACUAACGUAGAUUAAACAAAGAACAGUUUGCUGUGUACAAAAUAGGCUGAACUUGUCCUCACAGAUGUUUGACGGGUGGGUUGGUAACUGAAUCCUGAUGAGAUUUUACUGGUGUUUGGAGACAGGGUUUAUCAUUCUAAGAACUCCUAUAACAAAUCCCUGCCAUAAUCCGUUGUACUGUACAGUACUUACAUGAAAUUAUUGUCUUUCUGUUGAUCAUUAA